AUGGCACCUCGACGUCAUAUUGGGGCAAGCCGUCGAAAGAGACAGGAGGAAGAUGGCGAAGACGAGAGUUCAAUUGCUGGAGAUUUGGGAGAUGACUCUUUGAGUGAAGGUUCUGUCGACAGCCACCAAGAGGAUGAAGACGCAGAUGGAGAAAUCAGCGAAGAGGGUGAUAGUGAGGUACCUACGUCGGACAAGGUGGACAAGGUCAACGGGGUGGUUCUCGACAAAUCUACACGAAAAAGCUCUACAUCGCUUAGAAAACGAGGACUCAAGACAACAGUUUCGGAUACAGAGGCAACGUUGAAUGGCUUGAAGGUCUCAGAUCCUACACAAGUCCCUUCCGACGAUCCAAAGGAACAGGAACCUCAUACCAGAAGAACGCCAUCCGCCCCUCCAACCGGACCCAACCGAAACAACCCUGGUUCCAGAAAACGCCGCGAGAAUGAUAAGCAUGUCAAGGAGCGGGAACAGAAUCCAUCCUUCGUGCCCACCCGUGGGAGCUUUUUCCUUCAUGACAAACGAUCCGCGGAAAACGGUCAUCGGUUGAAGAGCAAAUCUCGCCCAUACGGCCUCAUUGUGGACGGUAGCUCUCGCAGGUCUUCCAAGCCUGACUCCAGUGAAGGGCAGUGGGCACACGACCUUCACGAUACGGUAGCUGGCGACGAUCAACCUGCACCUGCAACCAAGCGCCCAACACCGUCCAUGAUACCUAACCCCAGCGCACCCGUCCCCACAGCUCCGAGAUCCUCCCCACCGAACCGGUCAUUUUCUAGCACAACACUGGUCGGCAAUGUACCUGUCGUCGUGUCCUUGCCCGGGAUGGCUAGUCCGGUUCAUUUUCCCGCUGUGCCAAAGCGACUCCACACUCGUUUACCUCAACACCGGCCCCCCUUGCGACGAGAUAAACCAGUACGGAUCUCUCUUCCCGGCCAGCCGCCCCGAUACAUCUUCCCUUCGGUCGAACGCUCCUUCAUCUUCAUUCCUCGCGCACUGCGGCCGAAUCAAGUCUCUCGCGGUCGAGGCGGCCGAGGUGGCGGCUGGUACAGUGGACGACGUCCUAGCUAUUACCCCAACUCUUCAUACACGCCCAGUGUUGUCAGCCGUCGGUCUUCUUUUGGCAUGCCACCUUCCCAGGAUGGCUGGCCAUCCCCGGCUGGAUCUGUCUACUCCAGGCAAGCAAUACCCACUGACCCCAAACCCGUUGUCCGCCUCCCCCUCCACCUCGUCCAAUGCCGCCCCGCCCCGAUCCCCAUGCACCAACCUCGUCCUCAAAAGACUGUCUCUGUCGCGGACAUCGAAAGUCCUGCGACCUUCCCAUUCCCUUUCAACCCCCCUCAGCCCCAGUAUGAGCAACCCUUCCACCAUCAGGUCCCUCUUCCAGUCCAUGGACCACCUAGUCAGCCGUCGGCCACUCCGCUUUCACAGAUCCCGGAGCGAGCGAUCCACGCACCGCCCUUCCAACCCUACAUCUACCCACAGCCUGGAUUCUACCCUCCGACCUAUCCUUCGGGGGUUAUGUACUACCCGACCUCGGGCCCUGAUUACGCGGGUUACAAUGGACCCGUUGGGCCCGGAGCCUCCGUGCCACACUUCCCAGGGCAGCAAGUGGCGCCUUAUUCAGCUGGCGAGCAGCCCUCUCAGCCAGGCACCGUUGCCCACGAGUCUAAUGGCACAGUCUAUUUCUAUGAUACCAAUCACAUGUACGGAGGUCCCGGCCCAGGAUCCGGGCCUGGGGGAGUGGUCGGCAUGGGUGGGAUGAUGACUCCGCCCGGCACAACCUACUUUUACCCCCAACAAUCGAGCCAGUACUACGGGGAGUGA